UUAUUAUAAACUUUUGAUUCAUUAAUUAAUGAGUUUAAGAAUAGUUGGUUUAAUCUACGUGUUCUUUUUUCAUUUCAUUUUCUUUUAUCUGUAUGACUUUAUUAUAGCGAUAUCUUUUCUUGGAAAAACGGUGCCUUUAAAGCGGUACUUAUGCUAUGUCUGGUUUAAAUAUCGAGUAAUCUUAUUGGAAACUUGAGUUCCUCGAAAAUUUUCAAGGUUUUAUCCAAUGGGUUUUGGUAAAUUCUUCCAAUGCUUGCAAUAUCUGGGGAUUUUUUCAUUUGCUGAUCACCUGGCGUUUUGCGAUGCUUAUGCAGUGAUCUGACGAAGAAUGGCGGAGGAGAAGAUCGCGAUUGCCAAAGAUGUGACUGAGCUGAUUGGUAAAACACCACUGGUAUAUCUCAACCGUAUUGUGGAUGGCUGUGUGGCUCGCAUUGCUGCCAAGCUAGAGAUGAUGGAACCUUGUUCAAGUGUUAAAGAUAGGAUUGGAUAUAGCAUGAUUGCAGAUGCAGAGGAGAAAGGUCUCAUCGAGCCGGGUGUGGUUAGUACUAUCAAGAUCUUCCACCUUUUGAAUAAACUUUUCCAAGCCCUUCUAUAUAAUUCAACUUCCAGAGUGUACUUAUUGAGCCCACAAGCGGCAAUACUGGCAUAGGUCUAGCAUUCAUGGCAGCUGCUAAGGGCUACAAGCUCAUAAUUACAAUGCCUGCUUCAAUGAGUUUGGAAAGACGGAUGGUUCUCCGUGCUUUCGGAGCCGAGCUGGUUCUUACUGAUCCAGCGAGAGGCAUGAAGGGGGCUGUUCAGAAGGCAGAAGAAAUAUUAGCCAAGACACCCAAUGCUUAUAUCCUGCAGCAAUUUGAAAAUCCUGCCAACCCAAAGAUCCACUAUGAGACCACUGGACCAGAGAUCUGGAAAGGCUCAGGUGGGAAAGUUGAUGCUUUUGUUUCUGGGAUUGGAACUGGAGGUACAGUGACAGGUGCAGGGCAGUAUCUUAAGGAGCAAAACCCUGAUAUAAAGCUUUAUGGUGUAGAGCCAGUUGAAAGUGCAGUGUUGUCCGGAGGGAAACCUGGCCCACAUAAGAUCCAAGGAAUUGGUGCUGGCUUUAUUCCUGGAGUUUUGGAUGUUGGUGUACUUGAUGAAGUUGUUCAAGUAUCAAGUGAAGAAGCAAUUGAAACUGCUAAGCUUCUUGCCCUGAAAGAAGGUUUACUGGUGGGGAUAUCUUCUGGUGCCGCUGCAGCUGCCGCAGUUAAGAUAGCAAAGAGGCCUGAAAAUGCUGGAAAACUCAUUGUUGUGGUCUUCCCCAGCUUUGGAGAACGUUACCUAUCAUCUGUGCUUUUCGAAUCAGUGAAGCGCGAGGCGGAGAACAUGGUUUUUGAGACUUGAGGCAGAGAAGAUGGGAUAAGAGGAGCAAUACUGGCUAUGGCUUCAGUAAUCUACUUGUUCUCAGUUUCCUUAUCAGAAUAGCAUAGGUUCUCUUUUGUAUUGCAGUCAGGAAAGCUCGUGGGUUGACUUGAAACUGUUGUGAUAACUAAUAGCUUUUUGGCCACAAUGUUAAGAAACAAGUGAUUUUCUAUGCUAAAAAAUUUUAAUUGCCUAAAUAAUGUUAUUUGAUCAAGGGAAAUUCUUAGGUAUUUCCCUUGAUCAAAUAACAUAAUGAUCAAGUCCAUUAAAGCUUGAAUAAGUUGAAGAUUGAAGCGGUUUCUAGCACCAGAAAGCACAAACGCUACAGAUUCCACUUGACUAGAAAGGGCAAUGGAUGUUAAGUAUAAAAAAGUAGUUUAUGAUUU